UUAUCGAAGUAUCGAAUAUUGUUUGUAAUCGAUUGUUCAAUAGUGAUACUUAAACCAUCGUAAAGGGGACUUAAACAAAAAGAAUAAAAAUCCUGAGCUAUUGGAUAUAGUACACUUUCUCACGGGAAGAUUAGGCAUAAAUUUCGGAAUUCAUAAUGGCGAAAAUGGCUUUUCAACAUCAGGCCGGAACGGCGAUGGAAUGCUUAAGUAUCCCAAUAACUCUUCACAAAGAGAAAGAUUACGAUAGAGAAGGCAGAGAAAUACUGAAAUGUGGCUUUAAAAUAGGUGGGGGUAUUGAUCAAGACUUCAAAAAAAGUCCUCAAGGAUAUACGGAUUAUGGAAUUUAUGUUACUGAAGUGCACGAUAAGAGUCCAGCUUCCCGAGCUGGUCUUCGCAUCCAUGACAAAAUUUUGCAGUGCAAUGGCUAUGAUUUUACAAUGGUAACACAUAAAAAGGCCGUAAGCUAUAUCCGAAAAAACCCAGUACUAAAUAUGCUCGUUGCCAGAAAGGGAGUAACUUCCACAUAAGUAUUAACUCCUUCACAUUUAUGUCAUUAAAUUGUCUCAAGAGCAAAUGGGUAUUUUAUCUCAAAUUGAUUAAAUUAAACACCGUUGUCGGAAUGGGAUGUCAACUUAAUUUGACGAUCCAGCGGCAUUAAUUUUAUAUUUAAUCGAUAAAGCAGUUGAACAAAAAAAGUAUGUAAAACGCGACUCGUCAGACUUCAGUAGAUGGCAUAGUUCAGUAGAUUUUUUACAUAUAUUAUAUAAUUGCAUUAUACAUUUCAGUUUUAUGUUUUCUUUGCUUAAAAACAAGCAAUUUCAGAUAAUGGAUUAUUAAACUAAUACAAAAAUUCA